UUUCUAUAUAAACUAACUACCAUUCUCCGAAUCGUUGAGCCUUCGAUCAUUAUUCAAAUAAUCAUCAAUAAUGAUCAGCUCAUACCCCACCACCACCACCGCCGCCACCGCCACGAUCACCACCGUUGAUUGCGAGAAACAAGUCCGGUCGUGGCGGCUCCUCCGCUCUCUAGUUGAGUUACUCAUCCCGAGUUGUUACUGUACUUUUGAUGAACCUACAGAACAUGUCCUGAAUAAAAAAUCCAUCUUGUCAUCCUUUAAUUAUCAUAGGUCAUCAUUUUCAUCGAACACAUCGAAUAUUACGGGUACUAUAUUCGGAUAUCGUAAAGGAAAAGUCAAUUUUUGUAUCCAAACAAACCCUAAUUCCUCUACCCCGCUUCUUCUCCUUGAACUUGCGGUUUCCACUUCUACCCUCGCACGCGAAAUGCGUGGAGGGGUACUAAGAAUAGCACUAGAAAGUUCCGAUGAGGGUACUUGCGGAAGUGGAAAUGAAAAUUCUUCCCUUCUGUCCACGCCUAUAUGGACGAUGUAUUGUAAUGGGAAGAAAGUAGGGUUUGCGGUGAAGAAAAAACCUAUGAAAUCCGAUUUGCUAGUGUUGAAGCAAAUGGAAAGUGUAGUUGUGGGUGCGGGCACUAUUCAUGGUAAAGAAAUUAAUCGCGAUGAUGAUAUAAUGUAUCUCAGAGGAAAAUUCGAGAGGGUUCAAGGAUCUUCUGACUCAGAGUCUUUUCAUUUGAUCGAUCCUGAAUGUAGUAUGGGGCAACAAUUGAGCAUUUUCCUUCUCCGCUCUCGUUCUAGCUGAGCAAAACGAUGGUGUUCAAGUUAGCUUGUAAUUUCUUACUUUUUUUUUUUUUGUUACCUCCUAAGUUAUGAGUUUUAUUCUUUGGUGGUGCUAUGCAACAUCCCAUGUGUUUUUCGAGCUGUGUUUUCUUGCAUGGCUUUUUUUUAUUAUCCCUAAUUGGGAUAUUAUUUAUCAUGGGGUGUGUGUUGUAAUUAUCAGAGAUGAAUAUUUGUAAAAAUGUAAUUAAUGGAGGAACCUUUUAGUUGAUAUAUUUUCCCUUUAUAGUUCA